CUCGGCGCUGAGCCGCUCUUGCGUGGCGCCGCCAAGAUGAGCUGCAAUGGGGGCUCUCACCCAAGGAUCAACACGCUGGGCCGCAUGACGCGCGCAGAGUCCGGCCCGGACCUGCGCUAUGAGAUGACCUGCGGCGGCGGCGGUGGUGGCGGUGGCGGCGGCGGAGGCGCUAACGGCAGGAUGUACUACACGCGGCGCUGUACGGUCACCGACGUUAACUCGGACGGCUACUGUCAAACUGGUACGAUGUCCAGGCACCAGAACCAGAACACUAUCCAGGAACUUCUGCAGAACUGCUCAGAUUGCUUGAUGCGGGCCGAGCUCAUCGUACAGCCUGAACUUAAAUACGGAGAUGGAAUACAGCUUGCUAGAAGCAGAGAACUAGAUGAAUGCUUUGCUCAGGCCAAUGACCAGAUGGAAAUCACAGAUAGCUUGAUCCGAGAGAUGCGGCAAAUGGGCCAGCCCUGCGAUGCUUAUCAGAAAAGACUGCUUCAACUUCAGGAGCAAAUGCGUGCCCUUUACAAAGCCAUCAGCGCUCCCCGAGUCCGAAGGGCCAGCUCCAAGGGUGGAGGAGGAUACACUUGCCAGAGCGGCUCAGGCUGGGACGAAUUCACCAAGCGCCUCACCAGUGAAUGUCUGGGCUGGAUGAGACAGCAAAGGACCGAGAUGGACGUGGUGACCUGGGGUGUGGACCUGUCAUCGGUGGAGCAGCACAUCAACAGCCACAGGGGCAUUCACAAUGCCAUCGGGGACUAUCGCUGGCAGCUGGACAAAAUCAAAGCUGACCUGCGUGAGAAAUCUGCCAUCUAUCAGCUGGAGGAGGAGUAUGAAAAUCUGCUGAAAGCAUCCUUUGAGAGGAUGGAUCACUUGCGGCAGCUUCAGAACAUCAUCCAGGCCACGUCCAAGGAGAUCAUGUGGAUCAACGACUGUGAGGAGGAAGAGCUGCUCUAUGACUGGAGUGACAAGAACACCAACAUUGCUCAGAAGCAGGAGGCCUUCUCCAUACGUAUGAGUCAACUGGAAGUCAAGGAAAAGGAGCUCAACAAGCUUAAACAGGAAAGUGACCAGUUGGUCCUCAAUCAGCAUCCAGCUUCAGACAAAAUUGAGGCAUAUAUGGACACUCUUCAGACCCAGUGGAGUUGGAUUCUUCAGAUCACUAAAUGUAUUGAUGUUCACCUCAAAGAAAAUGCUGCCUAUUUUCAGUUUUUCGAAGAAGCGCAGUCGACCGAGGCCUACCUGAAGGGCCUGCAGGACUCCAUCAGAAAGAAGUACCCCUGUGACAAGAAUAUGCCUCUGCAGCGUCUGCUGGAUCAGAUAAAGGAGCUGGAGAAGGAGCGAGAGAAAAUCCUUGAAUACAAGCGUCAGGUGCAGAACUUGGUCAACAAGUCCAAGAAGAUUGUCCAGCUGAAACCACGUAAUCCAGACUACAGAAGCAAUAAACCCAUUAUUCUCCGGGCUCUUUGUGACUACAAACAAGACCAGAAAAUCGUGCACAAAGGGGACGAGUGCAUCCUGAAGGACAACAAUGAACGCAGCAAGUGGUACGUGACCGGCCCAGGGGGUGUCGACAUGCUGGUUCCUUCCGUGGGUCUCAUUAUUCCACCUCCAAACCCGCUGGCUGUCGACCUUUCUUACAAGAUUGAGCAGUACUACGAAGCCAUCUUGGCUUUGUGGAACCAGCUUUACAUCAACAUGAAGAGCCUGGUGUCCUGGCACUACUGUAUGAUUGACAUUGAGAAAAUCAGAGCCAUGACCAUCGCCAAGCUGAAAACGAUGCGCCAGGAAGACUACAUGAAGACAAUCUCUGAUCUUGAGUUACAUUACCAAGAGUUCAUCAGAAAUAGCCAAGGCUCGGAGAUGUUUGGGGAUGAUGACAAACGGAGAAUCCAGUCUCAGUUCACUGAUGCUCAGAAGCAUUACCAGACCCUGGUCAUACAGCUCCCUGGUCACCCGCAGCACCAGACAGUCACAACAACUGAAAUCACUCACGUUGGAUCCUGCCAAGACCUCAACCAUAAUAAAGUCAUUGAAAACAACAGAGAGAAUGACAAGCAGGAAACAUGGAUACUGAUGGAGCUUCAGAAGAUCCGCAGGCAGAUGGAGCAUUGUGAGGGCCGAAUGUCCCUGAAAAGCACCCUCCUGGCUGACCAAGGGUCUUCACACCACAUCACAGUGAAGAUAAAUGAGCUGAAGAGUGUGCAGAAUGAUUCACAAGCGAUUGCCGAACUUCUCAACCAACUUAAAGACAUGCUAGCUAACUUCAGAGGUUCUGAAAAAUAUUGCUAUUUACAGAAUGAGGUAUUUGGACUGUUUCAAAAACUGGAAAAUAUCAAUGGUGUUACAGACGGCUACUUAAAUAGCUUAUGCACCGUGAGAGCACUUCUCCAGGCUCUCCUUCAGACAGAAGACAUGCUAAAGGUUUAUGAAGCCAGACUCACGGAAGAGGAAACGGUCUGCCUGGAUCUGGAUAAAGUGGAAGCCUACCGCUGUGGACUCAAGAAAAUAAAAAAUGACCUGAAUUUGAAGAAGUCCCUGCUGGCCACCAUGAAGACAGAGCUGCAGAAAGCCCAGCAAAUCCACUCCCAGACUUCCCAGCAAUACCCACUGUAUGACUUAGAGCUUGGAAAGUUUAGUGAAAAGGUCACACAGCUGACUGAUCGCUGGCAAAGAAUAGACAAACAGAUAGACUACAGAUUGUGGGACCUGGAGAAACAGAUCAAGCAACUGAGGAAUUACCGUGAUAACUAUCAGGCUUUCUGCAAGUGGAUGUACGAUGCCAAACGUCGCCAGGAUUCCUUAGAAUCCAUGAAAUUUGGUGAUUCCAAUACCGUCAUGAGAUUUUUGAAUGAGCAGAAGAACUUGCACAAUGAAAUAUGUGGCAAACGAGACAAAUCAGAAGAAGUACAAAAAAUUUCCGAACUUUGUGCAAAUUCAAUUAAGGAUUAUGAACUGCAACUUGCAUCAUACACCUCAGGACUGGAAACUCUACUUAACAUACCUAUCAAGAGAACUAUGGUUCAGUCCCCUUCAGGGGUGAUUAUGCAAGAGGCUGCAGACAUGCAUGCUCGAUACAUAGAACUACUUACAAGGUCUGGAGAUUAUUACAGAUUCUUAAGUGAGAUGUUGAAGAGUUUGGAAGAUCUGAAGCUGAAAAAUACCAAGAUUGAAGUUUUGGAGGAGGAACUCAGACUGGCCCGUGACGCCAACUCUGAAAACUGCAAUAAGAACAAAUUCCUGGAUCAGAACCUGCAGAAAUACCAGGCAGAGUGUUCCCAGUUCAAAGCAAAGCUUGUGAGCCUGGAGGAGCUGAAGAGGCAAGCUGAGCUGGAUGGAAAGUCGGCGAAACAGAACCUUGACAAGUGCUAUGGCCAAAUCAAAGAGCUCAAUGAGAAAAUCACCAGGCUCACUUACGAGAUUGAAGAUGAGAAGAGACGAAGAAAGACUGUGGAGGACAGAUUUGACCAGCAGAAGAACGACUAUGACCAGCUGCAGAAAGCCAGGCAGUGUGAAAAGGAGAAUCUUGGCUGGCAAAAACUGGAGUCUGAGAAAGCCAUCAAGGAGAAGGAGUACGAGAUAGAGAGGUUGAGGGUCCUUCUUCAGGAGGAGGGCAACCGGAAGAGAGAAUAUGAGAAUGAGCUGGCAAAGGCAUCUAACAGGAUUCAGGAAUCAAAAAGUCAGUGUACUCAGGUGGUACAAGAAAGAGAGAGCCUCCUGGUGAAAAUCAAAGUCCUGGAACAAGAUAAGGCAAGGCUGCAAAGGCUGGAAGAUGAGCUGAACCGUGCAAAAACAACGCUGGAGGCAGAAAGCAGGGUGAAGCAGCGCCUCGAGUGUGAGAAACAGCAGAUCCAGAACGACCUAAAUCAGUGGAAAACACAAUAUUCCCGCAAGGAGGAGGCCAUUAGAAAGAUUGAAUCCGAGAGAGAAAAGAGUGAGAGAGAGAAGAACAGCCUGAGGAGUGAGAUUGAGAGACUCCAGGCAGAGAUCAAGAGGAUUGAAGAGAGGUGCAGGCGCAAGCUGGAGGACUCUUCCAGGGAGACACAGUCCCAGCUGGAGACUGAGCGCUCCCGGCUGCAGAGAGAGAUUGACAAGCUCAGACAGCGCCCCUAUGGGUCCCAUCGGGAGACCCAGACCGAGUACGAGUGGACAGUCGACACCUCGAAGCUGGUGUUCGACGGGCUGAGGAAGAAGGUGACGGCCAUGCAGCUCUAUGAGUGCCAACUGAUCGACAAGACGACCUUGGACAAGCUGAUGAAGGGGAAGAAGUCGGUGGAAGAAGUUGCAUCCGACAUCCAACCAUUCCUACGGGGUGCAGGAGCUAUUGCAGGAGCUUCUGCGUCUCCUAAGGACAAGUAUUCUUUGGUUGAGGCCAAGAGAAAGAAAUUAAUCACUCCAGAGUCCACAGUCAUGCUUCUGGAGGCGCAGGCAGCCACUGGUGGGAUCAUUGACCCCCAUAGGAAUGAGAAGCUAAAUGUUGACACUGCCAUUGCCCGGGACCUUAUUGAUUUUGAUGACCGUCAGCAGAUAUACACAGCAGAAAAAGCCAUCACGGGCUUUGAUGAUCCAUUUUCAGGCAAGACAGUAUCUGUGUCUGAGGCUAUCAAGAAAAAUCUGAUUGAUAGAGAAACCGGAAUGCGACUGUUGGAAGCCCAGAUUGCGUCUGGGGGUGUCGUGGAUCCUGUCAACAGUGUCUUUUUGCCAAAAGAUGUGGCCCUGGCCCGUGGACUGAUUGACAGGGAUUUGUAUCGAUCACUGAACGAUCCCCGAGACAGUCAGAAAAACUUUGUGGAUCCAAUCACCAAGAAGAAGGUCAGUUACAUGCAGCUGAAGGAACGGUGCAGAAUCGAACCCCACACUGGACUGCUCUUGCUGUCAGUUCAGAAGAGAAGCAUGUCCUUCCAAGGAAUUAGACAACCUGUAACCGUCACUGAGCUAGUCAAUUCUGGCAUAUUGAGACCAUCCACUGUAAAUGAACUUGAAUCUGGGCAGAUUUCUUAUGAUGAGGUUGGUGAGAGAAUCAAGGACUUCCUCCAGGGUUCAAGCUGCAUAGCAGGCAUAUACAAUGAGACCACAAAACAGAAGCUUGGGAUUUACGAGGCCAUGAAAAUUGGCUUGGUCCGACCCGGUACUGCUCUGGAGUUACUUGAAGCCCAAGCUGCUACUGGCUUUAUAGUGGAUCCUGUUAGCAAUUUGAGGUUACCUGUCGAAGAAGCCUAUAAAAGAGGUCUGGUGGGCAUUGAAUUUAAAGAGAAGCUCUUGUCGGCAGAGCGAGCUGUCACUGGGUACAAUGAUCCUGAGACAGGCAACAUCAUCUCUUUGUUCCAAGCCAUGAACAAGGAGCUCAUUGAAAAGGGUCAUGGCAUUCGCUUGUUAGAAGCCCAGAUUGCAACUGGGGGCAUCAUUGAUCCCAAAGAGAGCCAUCGUUUACCAGUUGACAUGGCCUACAAAAGGGGAUAUUUCAACGAGGAGCUCAGUGAGAUUCUCUCAGAUCCAAGCGAUGAUACAAAGGGAUUUUUUGACCCUAAUACUGAAGAAAACCUUACCUAUCUGCAGCUAAAGGAAAGAUGCAUUAAGGAUGAGGAAACAGGGCUCUGUCUCCUGCCUCUGAAAGAAAAGAAGAAGCAGGUGCAGACAUCCCAAAAGAAUACCCUCAGGAAGCGUAGAGUGGUCAUAGUUGACCCAGAAACCAACAAGGAGAUGUCUGUUCAGGAGGCCUAUAAGAAGGGCCUGAUCGAUUACGAAACUUUUAAAGAACUGUGUGAGCAGGAAUGCGAGUGGGAAGAAAUCACCAUCACUGGAUCUGACGGCUCUACCAGGGUGGUCCUGGUAGAUAGGAAAACAGGUGGUCAGUAUGAUAUUCAGGAUGCCAUUGACAAGGGCCUCGUUGACAGGAAGUUUUUUGAGCAGUACCGGUCUGGUAGCCUCAGCCUCACUCAAUUUGCUGAUAUGAUCUCCUUAAAAAAUAGCAACAGCAGUGGCCUGGGUGGUGGUGUCAGCGAUGAUGUUUUUAGCAGUUCUCGGCAUGAUUCUGUAAGUAAGAUUUCAACCAUAUCUAGUGUCAGGAAUUUAACCAUUAGGAGCAGCUCUCUGUCUGACCCCCUGGAGGAAUCAAGCCCCAUUGCGGCCAUCUUUGACACAGAAAACCUGGAGAAAAUCUCCAUUUCGGAAGGUAUAGAGCGAGGCAUUGUGGAUAGCAUCACAGGCCAGAGGCUUCUGGAAGCUCAGGCCUGCACAGGCGGCAUCAUCCACCCAACCACUGGUCAGAAGCUGUUACUCCAGGAUGCCGUCUCCCAGGGUCUGAUUGACCAGGAUAUGGCCACCAGGCUGAAACCUGCGCAGAAAGCCUUCAUUGGCUUUGAAGGGGUGAAGGGAAAGAAGAAGAUGUCGGCAGCAGAGGCCGUGAAAGAAAAGUGGCUUCCUUAUGAGGCAGGGCAGCGCUUCCUGGAGUUCCAAUACCUUACAGGCGGUCUCGUUGACCCAGAAGUGCAUGGGAGGAUAAGCACUGAGGAAGCCAUCAGAAAAGGCUUCAUCGAUGGCCGAGCAGCUCAGAGGCUGCAAGACACCAGCAGUUAUGCCAAAAUCCUGACCUGCCCCAAAACCAAAUUGAAAAUAUCAUACAAGGAUGCCGUGAACCGCUCCAUGGUAGAAGACAUCACGGGGUUACGCCUUCUGGAAGCAGCCUCAGUUUCAUCUAAAGGCUUGCCUAGCCCUUAUAACAUGUCUUCUGCCCCCGGCUCUCGGUCUGGCUCCCGCUCGGGCUCUCGGUCUGGCUCUCGCUCAGGUUCCCGCAGUGGGUCCCGGAGGGGCAGUUUUGAUGCAACAGGAAAUUCUUCCUACACUUAUUCUUACUCAUUUAGCACUAGUUCUAUUGGGCAUUAG